GGGUACAGGAAGUGAAGGUGUUAAAGACACCAGAUGGACGCCACACGCCGGGUUACCAUGGUGAUUGUUGCUGCGGCGACCGUCCAACGUCUUUAGAGUGACACGACGCCCUCGUCUGUGUUGCCGCCGUGACCACACACACACACACACACACACACAUGCACGCACUGCCAGUUAGGAAGUGGGUAAAAAAAGGAAAAGUGUGUUUUUACAUUUGUGCUGUCAUGCACGAAAACGUCGACAGGAAGUCGGAGAAACAUUAAAAAAAAAAAAAAAAGGGAACCUGUCCUCCAUAUUUAACCCGCUUGUUGUCAUUAAAUGUAUCAUCUCCCCCCUCCGCACUUCCUGUGUGUGCCAUCUUUCAAAAUAAAAUAGCCCCGACGUGUGUGCGCGCGCGCGUUUGCAACAAAAUACCUAAAUGACAUGGAGUAGUAAAGUUUUAUUGUGAAAACCACACGACUCCUGCACGUUAUUUGGAAUAACAUUUUCUAUAUGUUGUGAUUGGACGAUGAGGCGGUGAUGUCAUCACAGCGCCAGGUCAACCUCGGCGAAACACUUCCUGUUUGAGACUGGACUGUGGCGUGUGUGUGCGUGUGUGUGUGUGUGAGAGAGAGAGAGAGAGAGAGCGUAACCAAUGGCAACAGCCCGUCUGCCCCGACGCGGGCUUCCAUUUGGAGCCAGUUGCCAUGGUAACGCCGCCUUCUGCUCGUGUGUGAGCCUUUUAAUUUGAGGAAGGGAACAUGUUACUGCCGCAGGCACACGCACCAUGCCCCUCCCCCACAGAUCCAUGACAUCAUCACACACACACACACACACACACACACACACUGGGCUGCCUGUGGCGGCGCGUGACCGAAGACGAGCGAGGAAGAAGCCGAAGACAAGGAUGGAGUCCGAGGAGAACGUGGUCCAGUCCUUCCUGCUGCUGCUGCUGCUGGCCGCCUCCUUCACUCUGGUGGGCCCGGCGGCCCCCCGGGACCAGGAGCGGGCCCAGGAGGACCAGUGGCACGUGUUCAGCUCCGCCCAGGACGCGGCGGGCCGCUGCGUGUGCACGGUGGUGACCCCGCAGGACGGCCUGUGCUCCAGGGACACCCGCGGCAAGCAAGUGCGACACCUGCUGGAGAAGGUGCAGAACAUGAGCCGGUCCAUCGAAGUCCUGGACCAGCGCACGCGGCGAGACCUGCAGAUGGUGGAGAAGAUGGAGGCGGAGCUAAAGGGCUUGGAGAACAAGUUCAAGCAGGUGGAGGAGGGGCAUGAGAGCAACGCGGCCCGGCAGUACCAGUCCAUCAAGGUGAAGAUGGAGGAGCUGCGGCCGCUCAUCCCGCUGCUGGAGGCCUACAAGGCGGACGCCCUGCUGGUCAGACGCUUCAAGGAGGAGGCGGCCAACGUGACGGCGCUGCUGCAGGACCAGCUGGGAGCCCUGGACUACCAGGACCUGCACGGCCGCGUGGCGAGCCUGGAGGAGCGGCUGAGGGCCUGCAUGCAGCGGCUAGCUUGCGGGAAGCUGACCAGGAUCGCAGAGCCGGUCACCAUCAAGACCUCGGGGUCCAGGUUCGGCUCGUGGAUGACGGACCCGCUGGCGCCGGCAGGGGACAACCGAGUGUGGUACAUGGACGGUUACCAUAACAACCGCUUCGUCCGGGAGUACAAGUCCGUGCAGGACUUCAUGACGAGCGACAACUUCACCUCGCACCGCCUGCCCCACCCCUGGUCCGGGACGGGUCAGGUGGUCUACAACGGCUCGCUGUUCUUCAACAAGUUCCAGAGUCACACGCUGAUCAAGUUCGACUUGAGGUCGUCGCUCAUCAGCCGCUCGCGCCAGCUGGACUUCGCCGGCUACAACAACAUGUACCACUACUCCUGGGGGGGGCACUCCGACAUCGACCUGAUGGUGGACGAGGGCGGGCUGUGGGCCGUCUACGCCACCAAUCAGAACGCGGGGAACAUCGUGCUCAGCCAGCUGGACCCCGACAGUCUGCAGGUGGUCCGCAGCUGGACCACCAACCAUCCCAAGCGCAGCGCCGGCGAGGCCUUCAUGAUCUGCGGGACUUUGUACGUCACCAACGGCUACUCGGGCGCCACCAAGGUGUACUACGCCUUCGCCACCAACUCCUCCACCUACGAGUACAUCGACGUCCCCCUCGGCAACACCUACGGUCACCUGUCCAUGCUGGACUACAACCCCCGAGACCGGGCGCUCUACGCCUGGAACAAUGGCCGCCAGGUCCUCUACAACGUCACGCUCUACCACAUCAUACAGUGACACGCUGUGAUGUCAUCAUCACGUCACGCUCUACCACAUCAUACAGUGACACGCUAUGACGUCAUUGUGUCACGCUCUACCACAUCAUACAGUGACACGCUAUGAUGUCAUCAUCACGUCACGCUCUACCACAUCAUACAGUGACACGCUAUGAUGUCAGCGUCACAUCACGCUCUACCACAUCAUACAGUGACACGCUAUGAUGUCAUCGUCACAUCACGCUCUACCACAUCAUACAGUGACACGCUGUGAUGUCAUCGUCACAUCACGCUUUACCACAUCCUACAGUGACACGCUAUGACGUCAUUGUCACGUCACGCUGUACCACAUCAUACAGUGACACGCUAUGACGUCAUUGUGUCACGCUCUACCACAUCAUACAGUGACACGCUAUGAUGUCAUCAUCACGUCACACCCUACCACACCAGUGACACGAUGUAAUGUCAUCAUCACGCUGUACCACAUCAUACAAUGACACGCGAUGAUGUCAUCACCACGUCACUCUACCACAUCAUACAGUGACAUGCUAUGAUGUCAUCGUCACGUCACGCUCUACCAAAACAUACACUGAAACGCUAUGACGUCAUCAUCACGUCACACUCUACCACAUCAUAGUGACAUGCUAUGAUGUCAUCAUCAUGUCACACUCUACCACAUCAUACAGUGAUAUUCUAUGAUGUCCUCGUCACGUCACACUCUACCACAUCAUACACUGAAACGCUAUGACGUCAUCGUCACGUCACACUCUACCACAUCAUAGUGACAUGCUAUGAUGUCAUCACGUCCCGCUCUACCACAUCAUACAGUGACACGCUGUGAUGUCAUCGUCGUGUCACGCUCUACCACAUUACACAGUGACAUGCUAUGAGGUCAUCAUCGUGUCUCGCUCUACCACAUCAAAGUUACAUGGUAUGAUGUCAUGAUCACGUCACAGCAUCACCAUGUCACGCUCUACCACAUUGUACAUUGGCGCAUUAUAAUGUUAUCAUCACAGCACACUCUAACACAACAUAGAGCGUCAUGCUAUGACGUCAUCGGCACGUCACGCUCUACCACAUCAUCGCGUCAUGACAUCAUCACGCCACGCUCUACCACGAUACACGCUCUGACGUCUGCCCUUGCACACCAUAUAGGGAGAUAUUAUGAUGUCGUCACUACGUCACGGCAUCCACUUGUGACGUGAUUGCGUCACGCUCUAACACAUCGCAUUUUAGCCCACGGUCACAUGACUCUGUGACAUUCCAUAAACAUUUAGUGAGAUUUUUGUACACAUUACGGUCACGUGACUGGGUGGUGUCACGUGCGUGAAGUUAGCACUAAAAGUGUGUGUGUGUGCGUGCGUGCGUGUGCGCGUGUGUGUGUGUGAAAUAACGACUAGCUAGCAGCAAUACAAAUGUUUCCAAUUGAAUCUUUUGCGAACAACGCUAGACCUGCCAAGGUCACGUGUUCAUUCAGGAAGUACUUAUAUGGUCAUUGUUAGUGUAAGCAACGAUUUAUAACUUAUUCUCUUAGUGACUACUCUUUUUCUAUUCGACUUGUCAGCUGAAAAGUGCGUGGAAUAAAGUUCAAUAAUCAACUUGAUGGACUAGUUUCGUACAAAAAAAAACCCCGUCAAAUCUCAGGUUCGUGUUUUUUAACGUCUUUAUUGUAAAGUCAUCAAAGAGACAAUAAAAGUAGAAUAUGAGACAAAAGCUA